AUGAGUGAGCAGUUAGUUAUGUGGCCAGAUAGAAGCUCACAUAAAAGAGUAGCUGGAGUGCAUGAAGUGGAUGUAAACAAGUUGAUGUUGGCCAAGAUUGAUGCACUAUCAAAGCAGAUGGAAGCUUUAAAGUACUCUUCUAAUGUUAAUAUGGUGCAAGGAUCACUCCCCCUAGCAAAAAUCCUAAUAGAGAGACAACCGAGCACUUGGCCUAGCAACACCGAGGUCAACCCAAAGGAGCAAGUAAAUGCAAUCACAACAAGGAGUAGGGUACAGCUCCCAGAAAUUCAUGUGAAGAGGCCCGGAGUUGUGAAAGAGACUACAAAAGUUCAAGAGACAGCAGCUAAAUCAAAUGAGUCCAAAGCUCCAAAUAAUCAAGAAGAACUAGAAGUUUCAGCCAAACAAGGGCUCCAAGAGAAGGUGAUGCCACCUCUAGUCAGGCCAUAUGUCCCUCCGAUUCCAUUCCCUCAAAGGUUGCGUAAGCACAAACUGGAUAAGCAAUUUGAGAAGUUCCUCGAGGUAUUCAAGAAACUUCAUAUUAAUAUACCAUUUACGGAUGCCUUACCCCAAAAGCCCAGCUAUACAAUGUUCAUGAAGGAGAUCCUUUCGAAUAAGAGAAGGUUGGAUGAGCACGAGACCGUCAUGUUGACGGAAGAGAGUAAUGCUAUAUUGCAAAAUAAGCUACCACCAAAAUUGAAGGAUCCAGGGAGUUUCACUAUCCCUUGUACUAUUGGUAGUUUAUAUUUUGAACAAGCCUUAUGUGAUUUGGGAGCUAGUAUUAAUUUAAUGCCUUACUCUAUUUUUAGGGAACUUGGGCUAGGAGAAGCAAAGCCUAUAAGGAUGUCAUUGCAAUUGGAGGAUAGAUCGGUGAAACAUCCACGCGGAAUUAUCAAAGACAUCUUGGUGAAAGUGGAUAAAUUUAUAUUUCCUGUUGAUUUUGUCAUCUUGGAUAUGGGAGAAGAUAGGGAUGUUCCACUCAUAUUGGGGCGACCUUUCUUAGCCACAUGA